AAUGGUUGGAUAGGGUGUAAAUUCUUAACCAAAUAAGAGAUAUUACAAAUUACAAAAAAUAAAAUAGUUUCAAUUGCAUGAAAUUGAAAAGCUUUUGCUUGGACAGAAUCAACAUAUAAAAGAAGUAGGUAGUUAGUGUAAAAAAAUCUUUGAAAAAGGUCUGAUUCCCUAAAUAUAUGGGCAUCUAACUGAAAUAGUUAAGAUAAAAAAUAUUCUUCCAGUAAGACUUCUAAGAGAUAAUUUGUCAAAGAAUCUGGACAAGUUGUUCUCAAGAGAAAAACAAAACAAAACUAUCAACAAUUACAUUACACCACUAAUAGCAAGAAAUACAAAGGAAAAAAAAGGGGGAAGAAACCUGAGAGAUUUUGUCUCGAACCGAGCAAAUGAGCAGACUCAUUAAAAAGGAAAAAAAAAGAUGAAAAAAAUCUGUGUUGGAUGGAAUAUUGGAAAGACAGACAUUAAUACAUUGUUGGUAAAUCUGUGAAUUGCUCCAAAUAUUAUGGAAAGCAAUUUGUAAUUAUACUAAGGGGGAAAAAAGAUUUUACCACUAGAUGUCUAUAUCCUAAGUAGAUUAAUUAUAUAAAGAAAGCUUAUAUAUAUAUGUAUAUAUGUAUAUACAUAUAUAUAUAAAUAUGUUAAAAUAUUUAUAACAAUAUUUUUUGUAAUAGUAAAGAACUAGAAAUGAAGUAGCCAUUUUUCAGGGGCAAAGGCUUGAUUAUAAUGGAAUAUUACUAAUGGUAUAAAAAAUGGUGAAUAUAAGGAAUACAGACAAGUAUGGACAGACAUAUAAAUUAAUGCAAAAUAGAGUAAGCAGAACAGGGAAAACAAUGACUAAAAGGGAGCAGGGAGAAAUAUGCCUAGUUAGAGUCCAUUAAGGGAGAUCAAAAGAGUAAGCCAGGAACCAGAAUCAAGGAGACUCAUAUUGGGGGGAAGGAGAAUAGAUGUAGUAACAAGAGUGAUAGAACUGGGUCAGGGUAUCUGAGAAGAGAAAUCUAAAGAACAGGAAAAUCAGAGCCAGAUCCUAGAAAUCAGUUAUGGGAUAAUCUCUGCCAAUGAGAUUUAGGAUGAACUCUUGUUAUUCUGGUGAUAAUUUUCAUGCAGCCAUUCAUCUGUAAACCACUCAGCUGUAAUCCUUUCUUAUGCACAGAUAUUGCCCCCUGACAGUUUACCACACCUGAAGGUGAUAGCACCUCAGAAAAAUUUUAUCUUUGAACCUAUUAGCUGUCCUUUAUUUCCCUUCAUUGCUUUGGUAAAUAUAAAUAUGAGAUAAAUAUUGAUAAAUGUGUUUAUUCAAGUCACCACUAAAAAUAGUGAACAGUUCAGGGCCAAGGGUAGCUUUUUUAGCAUAAUACUAAAAGCCUUCCCUUAUGGUAGGAGUUCUGUACCUUUUUGUGUGUGUCACAGACUUCUUUUACAGUCUGGUGAAGUCUGUGGAUCCCUUCUUAGAAUAAUAUUUUUAAAUUCAUGAAAUAAAAAUACAAAGAAAAAGUGUUUGUUUUAUUAUGUUAUUAUUUAAAAAAAUCACAGAUUCCAGAUUAAAGAUUUCCUGCUUUAGGAUGCUUUCAGAACCUUUGCUUUAGGGUGACAUUGAUUUAACACUUUAGGUUUAGUGGUUCAAUCAUCCACCCUGCCUGAUAGCUCACAUACUGUAGGACUAGUAUCCUGCCCUGCUCCUCCAUUAAUUCUGGGGAAUUAAUCCUUUUCCUGAAUUUCAGAAUGGGAUCAAUUGCCAACCUUGCUCAUAGAUGUCCCUUUGCCAACCUUGCUUAUAGAUGUCCCUUAUGUGAGUCACCAGUCUGCCUGGACCUCUGUCUUUUGUAUGAUGCCAGAUUUCCUGGAUACCACAUUAGACACAUACCUUCUGACUUACCAUAAGACCUCCUCUUUGAUGUCAGUUACCUACCUGACCAUAUUUAUUAUUGCCUGGUGUUAAAACUUUUCCGGAUUAGCUUCUCAGUUCUGAGCUUCUCUAUCAUGGUCUGGGGGUCUCCUGUUAUACUGUUACCCCACAUAGAGAAACAUUUCAUUUGGAUAUGGAGGAAUGUUUACACAUAUGGAUUCACUAAUAUCAAAAGAUGAGUUUGCUGUAAUGGUGACUCCUGAAGUCUCAGUUCCUUUUGCCAAUGACUUCUGUUUCCUGAGACAACCCUGGCAACACCUUUCAACUGUCACUUUUCAAGGGUUCCACAGUUCUAGAUUCCUUCUCAACAGUCCAGUCAACAGACAUUUAUUUCAAGGGGAAGGAAUGGGAAAAGGAGACAGAAUCAUGGAGAAUCAUGAUUACUUCCAGACAUCUUGGUGACUCUAUGUCCCUUCCUUCUAGACCCUACAUCAAGGCAUUCUGAAGAAAUUUCUAUGGUGGCUAAUAUAAUUACCAGCAUCCUUAUGCAUCUGAAUCUCUGUGCCUGAUGACCUCUCAAUAGAAGAGAGAGAAGAACUUUUAAACAUUCGUCGAAGGAAAAAAGAACUUAUUGAUGAUAUAGAGAGGCUAAAAUUUGAAAUUGCAGAAGUGAUGACAGAGAUCGAUAACCUGACAUGUGUUGAGGAGAGCAAAACUACCCAGAGGAAUAAGCAGAUAGCUAUGGGAAGAAAGAAAUUCAACAUGGAUCCUAAAAAGGGAAUUCAGUUUCUUAUAGAAAAUGACUUGCUGCAGAGUACCCCAGAAGACAUAGCCCAAUUCCUUUAUAAAGGAGAAGGCCUAAAUAAAACUGUAAUUGGGGACUAUCUUGGUGAAAGAGAUGAAUUUAAUAUUAAAGUUCUUCAAGCUUUUGUUGAACUCCAUGAGUUUGCUGAUCUCAACCUUGUACAAGCUUUAAGGCAGUUCCUGUGGAGUUUCAGGCUUCCAGGGGAGGCUCAGAAAAUUGAUCGCAUGAUGGAAGCUUUUGCUUCACGCUACUGUCUCUGCAACCCUGGAGUUUUCCAGUCUACAGAUACAUGCUAUGUGUUGUCUUUCGCAAUCAUCAUGCUAAACACCAGCCUCCACAACCACAAUGUGAGAGAUAAACCAACAGUGGAGCGAUUUAUAUCUAUGAACCGAGGCAUUAAUGAGGGUGGAGAUCUCCCUGAAGAAUUACUGAGGAAUUUAUAUGAAAGUAUUAAAAAUGAGCCAUUUAAGAUUCCAGAAGAUGACGGAAAUGAUUUGACACACACAUUUUUUAAUCCAGAUAGAGAAGGCUGGCUAUUGAAAUUAGGUGGGAGAGUGAAAACCUGGAAGAGACGGUGGUUCAUUUUGACAGAUAAUUGCCUCUAUUAUUUUGAAUACACAACAGAUAAGGAACCCAGAGGAAUUAUCCCUUUGGAAAACCUCAGCAUCCGAGAAGUAGAAGAUCCCCGGAAACCUAACUGUUUCGAACUUUAUAACCCAAGCCAUAAAGGACAGGUCAUAAAAGCCUGUAAAACAGAGGCCGAUGGGAGAGUGGUGGAAGGCAACCAUGUUGUGUACAGAAUAUCUGCUCCAACCCCAGAAGAGAAGGAAGAGUGGAUCAAAUCAAUCAAAGCAAGUAUCAGCAGGGAUCCCUUUUAUGAUAUGCUGGCAACAAGGAAGAGAAGAAUUGCCAAUAAGAAAUAGCACUUUGCUGUUUGAGCAGUGAUUCACCCAAGUUCCAUUUUAAGGGGAGUAUAAAACCAAGAAUAUGAGCAGGUAAAAUUUCUUUUAAAACUCUAGGGGAAAAAAAACUGAUCAAAGGGCAGUCCCACCUCUGCCAUCGGAGUACAGAUGAUGCAGAAAACUUCCUGCAAGAUCUUACUAACCAGGAGACAAGUACUUUAAACAUAAUACUACAGACGACUUCCCAAGGAGGAAUGUAUGGGAAUUGAAUGAACUAACCAGAAGACAUGGAAGCCUUAUGUAUGCUUUGGAUUUUCAAUAACUUGGAGAAAAUAAUCAGGCCAAUAGACAUGAUAUAUUUGCCCCUUCCUGUUUAUUGAGCAUAUUGCCCAGGAUGGGAGAUAUUAGAAAAUAUUGUUCUUAUGAUUUUUAGACAGUCUGAAUUCUUUGUAUUACAAGCCACCAGAACUGGUGUACAUACAGUAUGCUCCAGAACUUGUUUUCUCUAUGUGAAGACCUUCAUGCCAACACAUAUGUACAACACGACCAUUAGCGGCAACGCAAAUCAUUCCAAAUUCAAUUGUUUGAUAGAAAAAAAAAAGCCACCACUUUUUUAUUUAGAACUUUUUUCCUCAGAUAUAUAGGAAUAUAGCUUUUAUAUACCUUUUUAUAUUCUGAAAUUAUAAUGAAAUAAACUUUUACUUUCUAACAAUAGUAUUUUUAGAAUGGCAGCUAUAAAUUUAAUUUAACUCCUGGGCACAAGUACAAUGUGCACUGAAAAUAUGCAGCUCCCAAAGGUAAGGGCUUUGGAAAAGAAGGAAAAAACAGAAGUGGUAGCUGUAGAUAGUGGAAGUGGUGUCAAGGCUAUGCUUCCUGUUGCCAUAGAAUAACGGAAUUGGAGGAGGCCUAAGGUAGAAGGCAGUAUUAUCCUUUUAUCAAGAUCCUUAAUUGGAAAAGGACUAAAUUCCUGUGGGGAUGGCUGGGCAUAUGGAACGUAGAAGAGAUAUCUAGGAAUCUCUUAAAGAACUUUUAGUAUCCGGGGAAAGUCUUCCUUAAUAGAGUCUAAAUCUCUCAGACCAGAAAACAAUUAUUUGGCUUUAAUUUGCCCCAGCUUUAAUUAAAUAUGAAAGCUAUUAGUAAACAAUGUAGAGGUGAGACAGAAAGGGGAACCUUUCCCUUCUAACCUUAGCUGAGAAGGUGCCUUAAACUUUUAUGUGGCAUUUUUUGCCCCACAAGUGUUUUCUAAAAAACAAUUUAUCAAUGGUAAGGAUUUAUGCCCUGGGCUGUUGGUACUGUAUUUGCUGAUUCUCAGAAGAGGGAAAUGCUCCAAACAGAAAUAUGUCAUACCUGUAUCUGACUGGCCACAGGGAACGUGUUCUCUGCUCUUUGCACUAGAAAAUCUCAUGGUGACACAGUAUUGUUUUGAUUCCGUGACCUUUCAAGGACAUGACCAAAUUCCUUACGAGAAUGAACUAGAAAUCAUUUGUGAACCCUCUUUCCUCUCCAUCACACCUUUAGGCAUAUUUUGAGAUAUUUAAUGUUCCGUCGUAGGCGGGACAAAUCAAACUGUGGGGCAAAUACAUAACUUAAAAGUAUAAGUACACGUUUUUAGAUUUUCUCAAUUGCAUGGCACUGAAGUUGGUUUGUUUGUUUUAAACAGUACAAAUUACAAAUCCAUCAGCUACUUUCAUGAAACUUUGGAAGUUCCUUAGUGCAGAAUUUUUUUUAGAGAUUUUAUACUCAGCCUCACAAAACAGCACAGAUGAUGAUAAUCACAGAUAUAAAUUAGAGGCAGAGGGGUGGGUGCUAGGUGGCACAGGUAUAUUUCAGCCUUGAAUGACAAAGAAAAUCAAAACUACCAAAGCCUAUGAUACAAAUACAAAGGUAUAAGGCUAUAGUGGCUCCACAUUUAGAUUGGGGCUGGUUAAUAGAGAUUUCUUUUCUAAAUCUAAUUUUAUCUAUUUCAAUGACUACACACAUUUUGAUGCAGGAUGGAUUGUUCUCCAUAGGAGUUAUAGGAAUAGUCCCUCUAGGAAUAUGAAUAUGUUGAUUUGAUUUUCGAUGAUGACAUUGUUCUUGGUGUUAUUUCCUCUUUCACAAAUGAAAAGUAGAAACCAGGUAUUUUUUCCAACCAGAAAACUUGCUAAAUUUGUCUCACCUGCACAGGCUGUUAUGUAGGCAUAGGAUACAGGGCACAGGUAGUUUUUGUUACUUCCUACUGCAAAGUCUAAGUCAGGGAAAGACCUUAAAUUUCGAUUUCACUUUUUUAUGCCUUUAUUAAACACAAAAUGGUGGAAGUAUUUGCUUAUAUAACAUAGAUUAUGAUGGUGCCACCAAGGCUUGAUGAUUGUGUGGAGGCAUUAGAAGGGGAAAAGGCAACAUGGAAGAGAGGAUGGCAUCCAGAGGUGUCUAAAAUCAUUGUUAUUCUUGUCAGUCAAAUCGAUGUUUCCAGGCUUGUGGACCUCUUAAAUGGUACCAUGUCUAUAGCAAAACUGAAAUUUUCAGAAAGACAAGUGGUGCCCACCUCAAAUCUCCCUCAUCGGUGCACAUGCGAGAGCCACAUGGAAAACACAAGGCUAAAUAUAGCUAAUGAAGAUUGAUUCUAGAAACACGAAUCGGCCUAGGAUCCUCAGGCGAUUUCAUGAUUCAUUUUCCUGAAAACCUUGAGCACUUAAUUUUCCAUGCUUUCUCUCUUACUUCUUAGAACUGUUUUUAAAAAUUAGUCCUUGGUGCAGGCGUGGGCAGCUCUCUUUUCUGGUUUUGACCUCACAACCAGGUUGGGAAAAGGAAAGCAUGAAGCCUUAUGAAAGUACAUGUGUUCUUUUGCCAUAGUAGUUUAUAAGAGGAUUUUACCGACGUGGAUGUUUACAUGGGAAAUUAGAGUAACUUCUAUAACUAAAAUUAUGUUGUGAUAGCAAAAAAAGUAGCAGACUUCUCUGCAUUAAAAAGACCAAGACAUCAGCAGUAGUUAGCUUAUUUCUCUCCUUCAUCCCACCUUUCAGUGUAGGCCACAAGAUUGUGUUGUACUUAAGAGUUGUUAAUUUGCCACCAAAGGUGUUCUGUUGUUUUAAAUGUUGUGACAGUAUUAGCAGGGAUGGAAAUAAGGCCAACAAUUCCACUAAGCCAUCAAUUAAAUUAGGCUUCUCAAGGAGCAAGGCACCUCAGUGUCUACAGGGGGAAAGUGGCUGAACUCUAGGCCAGACAAGGUACUGUUGGCAGGGGGGGUGAGGUCCCCUUCUCCCCAGUUUGGAGCAACUCUUUUAGGCUCUGGUUGUAGACCUCUUGAGCCCUUUCCCCCUAAGGUGGUGCCAUGACUUUUUUUUUUUUAAGCUGAGCCCAGGGAAGCAGUGAAGUAUUUUUCCCUCCCCUCCAUCCCCCAAAUCAGUCUUCCUCCUUCUCUCCCAGUUGCUUUCAGGGCUUGCAUUCUGCCCCACUCCUGGCCAAAGACUGAAAAUUUCCUUCAGGGACAAUAAGGAGGAUGGGGUAGUGGGUACACAGCCAUGGACCCUGACACUAGGUAAUAAGCAGCUUCUGUUGCACUUCUCAUCCCUGUCACCCCUGUCCCCGUGCCCCUGCCAAGUUUGGCUGCGGUUAGAAACAGAUCUCAACCCAGGGAACAGUAGAGUUUAGAAAGCUUUUCUCUUCAGCUCAGCUGGCCUGACUACAGUGCAAGGUAACCAAGCUCUUAGACAAGUCAGCUCUUCUCAAAGGUCACAAACUUUUUUGAGCAGUUUAACAUAUGUGGUACCAAACUGGGUCAAAAUAGAAGUUAUUUAUAGAUGGAGCAGCGUUUCAUGCUUCAUGUAAAGCAAUGCAUAUUUUUAAAGUUCUAAAUGCAUAUAUCUAAAUAGAUAUGCUUGCUGAGAAGUUAGGUCUGUUGUAGACCAGAAGCUACAGUUAUAAUUUGUGAAUUAUCAGUUUCUUAUAUUUUCUUGGAAAACAUUUCUAUUUACAAUGAAAUAUAAAGUUGAUAUGUAAAUAAUGUACAGAUAUGUAUUGAAUUUUGAAGUGUUUGUUACUCGGUGUACAACCACAAUCUGCAUGAAGAAACAUUCUAUAUCAAUUCAUAAUAUUUUGUUGUAAAAUGGACAGGAUUGUUGUAUGGCUGUAAAACCCUAUAUAUGAGUCACUUAAAAUAAAAGUCAAAAGUAUUAUUAAA